AUGUACGGUUACAACGCUGGUAGUCUCUUCUGCUCUUCUGCUUACCCCAUCUGCCUGUACUCCUACUAUAUUUACCAAUGCUCAACGCCUCCUCCAGAUGCGCCGCACUUUCUUCUUCCGCACCCUUCCGCCAACAUCGAGCAUCGCUGGCUUGAGGGCAUGGCGCGCUCACAUGUUGCUGUCGCCCUGGGCGCCGCCCUCAUCGCCUCUUUUAUCAUCGGACAGCUGGUCAUCAAUCUGGGCUUCCCGGCCCCCGACUUCUGGCAUGCCCGACUAGAUCAGAUUUACCAUGGAGGACCGGUCCACCAAGACUCGUUUCUGGGUCCGAAACAGAGUGGCGACGAGGUGGUUGAUGAUCCCUCGUCCUAUCUCGUCGGCGUGGGCAAGGCAGAUAUCACUGGACCUGUCGUCGAACUCAAUAUGAUGGGCUAUGCGAACUCGUCGCAGAUUGGAACGGGCUUGCGCCAACGAAUUUACUCGCGCGCCUUCAUCAUGGGAAACCCCAGUGAGAGCAGCGAACGUGUCGUAUAUCUGGUGCUAGACACAUCAUCAGGCGAUACUGCGAUUCGAAAUGGCAUUUUGGAAGGUCUUCAAGCCUUGGGCCCAGAAUACUCGGUGUAUACCAAGGACAAUGUAGCCGUCACAGGCACACAUAGUCACGCUGGUCCGGGAGCAUGGCUCAACUACCUCCUCCCCCAAAUCACCAGCUUGGGCUUUGACAAGCAAAGCUACGAGGCCAUCGUAGCCGGUUCCAUCCUCUCCAUCCAGCGCGCCCACCAAGGUCUCGAGUUAGGCACGGUCAGCGUGGGAAGCACCAGAAUCGCAGACGCAAACAUCAACCGCAGCCUGUUCGCCUAUCUCGCGAACCCACCAUCUGAACGCGACCGCUACCCCGACGACGUGGAUAAAACCAUGACGCUUUUGAAAUUGGCACGAGCCAGCGACGGCAAGAACAUUGGUGUACUCAAUUGCCGCCUACCUUCUCGAGCAAGACGUUGCGGCCAACGCAGACGCCACCAACGCAGCAGAAGGCUUUGUCGCGGGAUUUUCGCAAUCCACUGUCGGAGACACUACACCCAACGUCCAAGGCGCUUGGUGUGA